AUGACCCAAGGAGAAGCUGAAAUUGGCCCCGUGUCAGCGGAUCCCGAGACGCGCUCGCCCCAACAAGCUUUCCCAUGGCACAUCGGAAUAGAUCAAGACACGAAUGACACUCUCAAUCCGUUCAACUGGCCACAAUGGAAAAAAUGGGCAGUCACACCCCUCACUUCUCUCGGAAGCACGCUCACUAUGAUGUCCUCGACGGUAAUCGCUCCAGCCCUGACGACCAUGUCUCGGGAUCUCGACACCAACGAGGCAACAACACAAAUGACCUUGUCUAUAUUCGUGCUUGGCUACUCAAUCUGGAUCCUUUCAGGUUGCUUCUAUGUCAUCUGGAAUACUGUUGCUGGCUUUGCCCAGAGUAACGGUGUAGUGAUUGCGAACUGUUUCCUUGCAGGGUUCGGAGCUAGUGCUAUACAUGCUUGCAUGAAAUGGGGUUCAAACCCUGUACUCGCCGACUGUUGGACGAAGAAACAGCGUGGACGCUCUUUGGCCGAGCUAUGCCGUUCUCAUGUCCUCAGCAGUUUCAUAUUUCCAGAGACACACGCCGCUUCGAUCCUCCAUCGAAAAGCCAAGAAUCUUCGCAAACAGACAAGCCAGCCAUACUACACGGCAUACGAGCAGGAAUACGAGUCUGUUGAGCAUACCCUUGCCCCCAGCUUGGCGCGGCCUAGAAGACUGCUCAUAACACAGCCCUUUGUCCAACUCAUGUCCGUCUUCCUCACCUACAAAUAUGGAAUUCUUUACAUACGACAUCUUAAGAGUCACAACAACGGCGAGGCUCAACCCGAGUUCCGUGCGCCCUUCAUGAUGCUCGGGGUGGUUCUCAUCCCAAUCGGCCUGUUCUGGUACGGCUGGGCUACCGAGGAGCGGGUGGUCUGGCUCGUGCCCGAUUUUGGCUUGUCCGUCUUUGCAUACGGCAUCAUCAUCUCGACGCAGUCUAUGCAGGCCUAUCUCGUGGACGCUAACCCGGAGCAUGUAGCUAGCGCCACGGCGGCGAGCCAACUGCUCCGGAACAUCACGGCGUUCGCCUUCCCGCUAUUUGCGUCCAGGAUGUAUUCUAGUCUUGGAUAUGGAUGGGGUAACAGUCUUCUGACUUUUGUAUGGCUCGGCUUGGGGCUACCUGCACCAUUCCUAUCGUGGAGAUACGGUGCUGGAUUGCGGGCAAUAGGCAAGCAGCAGCGGUAG